AUGGAUGUUAAAUCCGUUUUGAACAUGAUAGAAAUAUUUGUUCUUCUUCAAAAAAUUCCAGUGGAACAAAGGUUACAAAAUCGAAAUUUGUAUCAAGGAGAAAGAUCAAUGAAUUCAAAGUCUCGAAUCGUGAUAAAAGAAUUAGAGCAAAAGGCUCCGGAAAAGGCACGCAAUGCCUCCACUCGUAGUUUUAACGAUAUUGAUUCGACGAGCAAAGAAGGAUCACAAGAAAAUCCACUAUUCUAUUCCAUAAAUUCCUUGGAAAAUGCAAAUGGAUCUAUGGUGGACAUUGAAAGACAACAAUUUUUGUCGAAAAAUACUAGCUCAAAGUUUCUACGAACCCCAGACAUUUCACCAAUGAAUUCACAUGAGUCUCAAAUGUUAUCGAUGCAUAAUGCUUCGACGGUUUCAUUGGCAUCAUCUCGCGAAACCAAAAAAGAACAAUUUUCAUCCGAGACACCCAACUCAUCACUGUCAAGGUCGAGAAUCGCAAAUUUUUUAAGCGAGAAUAAAAGAGAUGAUGACAAUCUGGUACCAGUAGGUUCAGGCAGUAGAGUUCCGUCGCCAGCCGUCAGCAGGAAAGGCGUGAGAUUAACUAUCAAGACCGAUCAGGAAGAGUUCGUUAAACGACAAGAUCCUGAUGAAUCUUCCGUUAGAACUGACAAUGAUCAUCAACAGACGGUCAAUGAUAAUAAUGCAUGUGCAGAUUUCGCUGAUUUGGUAACUCCUAUCAACGACAUUCAACCAAAAGAAUCCGGUCCUGGAACAAGCGACGAGAAAAUUGAACGUAUGAAUGUAACUAACAACAAAGUGCCAAAUAAUAGUAUUAACGGAAGUCUCCUCGGAAAUACAAAUCAUAUAGGAGAAAACAGACCUAUUAAUUCACAUGAUCCCAAAUCGACCGAAAUAAUAGUUCCAACGAAGUUGAUUAGAAAACAAUCGGAUCAAGGAAACGAUAAGCUUGCGUCGCAUUUUGCAUCGGAGGAAAAUCCGCGAGGUGACAUGCGCAAUAAUAGUCCCGAUCUACUUGGCGCUAAUCGACCUUUUUUUAGUUAUAAAUAUUCGCAUGACACGUAUAAACUCGAGCAGGAAAGUUUGCAAUCUCGCUCCUUAAACUCAAAGAGAAGAGAUAAUGGUGAUCGAGGUGGCGACGACCGGGGAAAAUCGAGCGUGUCGUCAAUUUCCACUUUGAAUGAAGUUGUACCGAAAGAUCAAAUCAAAACAUAUAUUGCUGGUAAUCAUGAUUGGAGUUCACCCGGAACACGAAAGGGCUUAGGUGUAAGCAACAAUGCAUCGGGUGAUGUCGCGUUAAACAAAGUUCCUAGUAAACAACACUCUGAUAUCAUCAUGGAUGUUUCUAGUAAACAUACUGCAAAAUCUUAUUUUAUCCCGUUACAAGAAAAUGAAAAAUCUGGUUCGGAUGAUUCAACGAGGCUUCAUCAAUCUGUUUCGUUGCAGGAGUGCAAUAAUUCCUUUGUGCAAACAGACAAUAUAAACUCAUCAUCAUUGUUCAAACAGAACGCGCGUCCACAAAUAUCCUCAAGUAUUACGCUCGAUUCUCGGAAAGGUUCUUACCAGUUAUCCAUUAAAAAUGGUAUUAAAUCGCCUCCUAGCGAAGAUUCGAAGUCCUCACAUAACCCGAGAAAGCGGAUAGCCGGUUUACCAGUGACAAAAGUCGAUUCCAGAAAACGGGCGAGAACGAAAUCUAGUAGUACACCCUUCACAAAAUUGCUAAAGUUGCGUAGGGCACGAUCAAUUCGGGAAAAUGAUAGGUUGACUGUCGAGGGUAAGAUCAAAAGUCCUCAUCUGAGCGAGCAAGUCAUGAAGGCAUCAAGAAAGUUGGCAAACAUUAAAUAUGGAAUAAGAACUGGUCAAAAAGAGAUUUACAAUCAAAAUACAUUUGCCAGCAGACACAGAGUCAGAUUGUCACCAACCCCUUCGGAUACUGCAAGUGUUAGUAGCAUCACGUCAGAUACCGUUUCCACUACUACCUUGUCAUGUGAGAUCACAUCAUCACAGGUUGAUAGCUCUGACAUAUAUUACACGUCAAGCGUAAGUGACGACGAAGAAACGAAUGAUUCGGUUGGUGCUCUGCCCAAUAUUGCACGUCACAUGGAAGGCCAAAUUCUCAAAAUGAAAAUUCCGGAGUGGUAUAAUCAGACAACGUGGGAUAAUCAAAUUGAAAGUGAUAACGGUGAGGAGAAUGGACGUAGAAAUGAAAAAGAGAUGAUGAUUAUGGCACGGAAUAUGAUUGAUGAAGAACGAAUCGCUGAGACUGGGGAUCGACGGGAAAAAUUAAAUGCCCCCAGGGAACACGGACGAACAAUUGCGAAAUUAACUAAAGAAAACAGGGAAAGCAGAGAACAAUAUAGGAAAUCAACUAAACAACGAGGUUAUUGUGAAGAGACGAAAGAAUUACACGAGAAGUGCUGUAAAAGACAAACCGAUUUGACACGAGGUAUCAAAAGUUGCGGACACCUAGCAAAUGAAGAAAUCGAAACAUCCUCGAGAGAUGCAUGGGAAAAUUUUCUGAGGGAACAUAUUAACUUGCUGGAAGUUAACCCCAAGAAACUUGUGGAAGAUCGUGAAUUAUCCAAAACACAG